ACAAGAAAAAAAAAAAAAAGCCUCCAUGGAAGCAAAAGGAGCAGCGCAGUGGAGCUCUAUUAUAGUUCCUUCCGUUCAAGAGAUGGUUAAGGAGAAGACGAUCACGACCGUUCCUUCCAGGUAUGUCCGGUCUGAUGAAGACAAAACUGAAGUAGCUAAUGACUCUGGUCUGAAUAUCGAGAUCCCAAUCAUCGACAUGAAGCGUUUAUGUUGUCCGACCACCAUGGACUCUGAGGUUGAGAAACUCGACUUUGCUUGCAAAGAGUGGGGAUUCUUUCAGUUGGUAAACCAUGGAAUAGAUCCGAGUUUCUUGGACCAAACUAAGUCGGGUAUUCAAGAUUUCUUCAACCUUCCCAUGGAAGAAAAGAAGAAGUUCUGGCAGCAACCAAAUGAGAUGGAAGGUUUCGGACAAGCUUUUGUGGUUUCAGAAGAUCAGAAACUCGACUGGGCAGACUUGUUCUACCAUACAGUGCAGCCUGUUGAAUUACGCAAACCUCACUUGUUCCCCAAGCUACCUCUCCCCUUUAGAGACACAUUGGAGAAGUAUUCUGCUGAAGUGCAGAACGUAGCAAAGAUCUUAAUAGGGAAAAUGGCGAGAGCCCUAGAGAUCAAACCUGAGGAAAUGGAAAAGUUGUUUAAUGAUGUUGACUCGAUCCAAUGCAUGAGGAUGAAUUACUACCCGCCUUGUCCACAACCUGAUCAGGUUAUCGGUCUAACUCCGCAUUCUGAUUCGGUCGGACUCACCGUACUGAUGCAGAUCAAUGAAGUUGAAGGUCUCCAAAUCAAGAAAGAUGGGAAAUGGGUUCCUGUUAAACCUCAGCCAAAUGCUUUCAUUGUCAAUAUUGGAGACGUCUUAGAGAUCAUAACGAAUGGGACAUACCGAAGCAUAGAGCAUCGUGGAGUUGUGAAUUCAGAGAAAGAGAGGCUCUCUAUCGCAACAUUUCACAAUGUGGGGAUGUAUAAAGAAUUUGGUCCUGCAAAAAGUCUCGUUGAAAGGCAAAAGGUUGCAAAAUUCAAAAGACUGACCAUGAAAGAAUAUAAUGAUGGCUUGUUCUCUCGUACGCUCGACGGAAAAGCUUAUCUGGAUGCUUUAAGAAUCUAAAGAAAGCAAUGCCUUGUGGCUCACUACUCUGUUUCUCCUCUGUUUUUCAAAAAUUUCUCUAUUAUAUAUUUUCAUUGUUUUUCUAUUUGCUGCAUUUCUGUUAAAGACCAAAAUCUCCAGUGGAGAAUUCUUCUACGUAUUGUUACAAUAAGACAAUAAGCUUGAACGUUUUCGUUAUUUAA